AAUAACUAGCAAAGGAAACGUGACUUUCAGGGCCUUAAUUGCAAGCAGUCUAAUAGUCAUAGUCUGUUAAGGUAUUGAAAAAUAUUUUAUUUUUUGUUUUUCCGAUGUCACUUGAUUCCCAAUAAUGACAAGAUUCGACGAAACGAAACGCAAACGCGUAGAAUUUCCUGCUUCCAUGACGAAACUUGUUUGUAGAUAACAAAAGCACACGUCAAGGACGUGCACACAAAUAUCACCCAUAUUAACCACACAAUAUUUUCCUGAUUAUCGUACAAGCUAAUGUGAGAUAUCAUUAGUGCAAAUUGUCCGGUUUGUAAGAGUAGAAAUUCGCUGACCAAGCUCUAGAAUUUCACUGUUCGCGCGCAUUUUGCAAGAACGGGCCGGAACAUUGUUUGUUGACAUUAAUACCUCAUGCAGUUGUGUGCGACUACGCGCCAUCGCGCCGUAUCUCGUGAAUUAACUGGCAAAUAAUAACUAAAUUACACUCAAAAGACGUUUAGAACCUACAUAGUGUUACUUUAAUUGUGAACUUAUCGAAUGUAGCGAUAACAAGAAACCAUUUCCCGUGAUAGUGAAGACGAACUAACAUCGUUGUGGACGAAUUUUGUGUGCAUGUGAAUAUAGUAAAGCUAUUUAUAGCUCCCACCUACGUAGUAACUAUACCGCUAUGUGCUGGACUUGACAAACUAAGUGAAAAUUAAACAUUAUAUUGUAACAGUGCGCUAAGAAAACAUUUCCAAAAAAUCUUAUUAGAUUAUUUUCUAAGAAAGAAAAAAGAAACCGCGAAACAAGUUUGACAGCUCACGGAUACACACAGACGAUUGGCGCAUUGCGCAUGUGUGCGUAGUAGAAGUGAUGUGAACUUCUUGCGGUUAUCGAUUAGCAAGAUAAAAUUCAAGGUCGUCAAUUGAGACCGAUGCUUAAUUUACAUACACAAUAAACAAAUUGCUGCCAUCAUCAAUUUCGCUCAUUUUAUUUACAUGAUUAAAAAUAAUAAGUAGCAGGUAGCAUAAAUAAAAUGGAGUCGCCUAUAGUUGAAAGUAAAAGUACAGAGCGCAUGUCAAUCCGAACAUCAACAAGUUCCAAUCAGCUGUACAUUUCUGAUAACUUCGAACUACCUGAGGAUACAUUUCGGAUUAGUCUCGAUAGCAUUUCAGCGAUAGGCGAAAAUGUAACAAUCGGGGAGAGAAACGCUUCCGUUGACAUAUCGACGAAUGUUGGAGCUGAUAUUAUUAACACGCCAGCGCCUACUCCUGAAAUUUUAGACAGUCCACGCGAGAUAUCGAUUUUGGCGGAAAAUUCAAAUGUUACCGGGGAAUCGGUAAAACCUUGUCCGCGGCCGAAUUUCCUACAGUUAUCGCUCGCUAAGAGGAAUGAUAUAUUUGUAAAGCCAUCUCCCUUGGCGGAUGUCAUGUCACCAGCUAGAAUGUUGCAAUUCGAAGUUGAUAUAGCGACGAGCAGUACACCCACGAUGAAGAGAGCGGCGGUUGACUUUGACUUUUUCAAUAAAAACAAUUUCGAUGAAUACUUUGAAGACGAACAAUUGCAGGUCGCAAAAAAAAGUAACGAAGGCACAGAUGAUAAAACUUUCGAAGAAACUCCAGUGAUUGUAAAGGCCGACGCGGACACAGUCCGACAUGAAAUAGGCUAUGUUAACCUUAACGGGGCUUCAAAGGUGGACAUAUCACAUUUCGACUUGCUCAAAGUCCUUGGCACGGGAGCUUACGGCAAAGUGUUUUUAGUUAGAAAAAGAUGCGGUGUCGACGAGGGCAAACUAUACGCAAUGAAAGUACUCAAGAAGGCAUCGAUAGUACAGAAGUUAAAGACUGCAGAACACACGAGAACAGAAAGACAGGUCUUGGAAGCUGUGCGGGAGUGCCCUUUCCUAGUCACACUUCACUACGCCUUCCAGACAGACGCUAAACUACACCUGAUAUUGGAUUAUGUAGCUGGUGGUGAACUAUUUACUCACUUAUACCAGAGAGAACACUUCAAUGAGAACGAAGUUAGGAUCUACAUAGCUGAAAUUAUUUUGGCAUUAGAACAGUUGCACAAGCUGGGCAUCAUCUACCGCGACAUAAAGCUGGAGAACAUCCUGUUGGACGCCGAAGGCCACAUCGUUCUCACCGACUUCGGGCUGUCCAAGGAGUUCUGCGGUAACGAGAGUCGUGCCUACAGCUUUUGCGGCACCAUCGAGUAUAUGGCGCCCGAGGUCGUCCGCAGCGGCAGUCAGGGCCAUGAUAUCGCCGUCGACUGGUGGUCCGUUGGUGUGUUGACCUACGAGCUGCUCACCGGCGCCUCCCCGUUCACAGUGGAAGGCGAGAAGAACACCCAGCAGGAGAUCACCAAGCGGAUAGUUCGCUGCAGCUACCCCGUUCCUACGGACGUCAGCCCCGAAGUGCAGGACUUCAUAAAGAAGCUCCUAGUGAAGGACCCUCGUCGUCGGCUUGGCGGUGGCGACCUGGACGCAGAAGAACUCAAGAGGCACCCGUUUUUCCAGGAGUUGGACUGGGAGGCAAUAGCAAGACGCGACCUGCCAGCGCCGUUCGUUCCGGCUCUGUCCCACGCGGCGGACACAUGCAACUUCGCCGACGAAUUCACCAGAAUGCCGCCCACAGACUCGCCUGCACAAGCGCCUAAACACCACGAUAAACUGUUCUUAGGUUAUUCGUAUGUGGCGCCCAGUAUAUUGUUUUCGGAGAACAUCAUAUCAGACCAAAUCUGGAUGCAGGCCACCGGACAGAAACACGAUAAACUUAAAGGAUGGGUAGCGAAGGAUUCACCGUUCUUCCAAAAGUACGCUGUCGACCUUAGUACCCCACUUCUAGGCGACGGUUCCUACUCUGUAUGUAGGAAAUGUAUACACAGACAGACCGGCAAAGAGUACGCUGUUAAGAUAAUCUCGACGCAGAAGAAGGAUGUGAGACAAGAAAUAGAACUAUUGAAAGCAUGCCAGGGGUGCCCCUACAUCAUCACUUUGCAUGAAGUAUUUCAAGAUUCGGCUUUCACGUACAUAGUGACGGAAUUAGCGUGCGGUGGAGAAUUGGCCAAUCAUUUAUCGGGAGGAAUAGAAGAAAGAGUUGCUAGAAGAUUAUUGGCACAGCUAGCUCUAGCCGUCAGCCAUAUGCAUUCACGGGGCGCUGUGCAUAGGGACUUGAAGCCAGAGAACAUUCUUCUCACAAGUUGUCGUCUUAACGAAGCCCGCGUCAAGGUGGUAGACUUUGGUUUCGCUCGAAAAGCACCAGAGUGCGAAGAUAGGCAACGAAUGAUGACACCGUGCUUCAGUUUGCCGUAUGCUGCCCCCGAAGUAGUAUCCCGGGCUCGCAGUUCCAACGCCCCCGGCUACGGACCCGCUGUGGAUCUAUGGAGUUUGGGAGUCAUAUUCCACUGCAUGCUGAGUGGCAAGGCACCCUUCCAGCCGUCGUCGCGUAAGGAACCCAUCACGGCGCUUAUGGACCGGAUCCGUACGGGAGCAUUCACUAUGGACGGUCCUGCAUGGGAUGGCAUAUCGGGUGACAGCAAGCGACUAGUGAUGGGCCUUCUGUCCGUGGAACCCAAUCGUCGGACCACUGCAACAGAACUAUUGGCCGAUCUGGGCCUAUUAUCCGAUCCCGGUUUUAAACUAGCCGACAUGACCAAGGCGGACCUGUACAAGCGGCGAAACAAAAACAAACUGCGUAAAUCAAGCAGUUCCGAGCCCAGCACUUCACUCAUUGAACACAUAGACAACGAAGAACCUAAAGAAACCUCAUUAAUAGAGACCAUAAACAACCUUAAAAACAGAAUGAACAACAGCUCUAUAGAGAAAGACGUGGAAUUGAUCAAAGCGAACACUCAAGACACUCCGGUCAACGAAUCCCCGGAACCUUCCUUCGCUGACGAAGAAGAUAUUCCUUCGGUCAAACCUGUAGAGAAAACUUACUCAAAAUCUAGAUCCAAACUUGAUGAUUACAUCUAUAUCGAGAGCAGUCAAGGCUUGGACGAGACAGAAGUUGCUUUCCCCAAAACUAGUCGCACUAAAAAGGGUAAAGAGCCUCAAUCACCCGUACCCAGAAAACGUAGGAAAUUGGACAAGCCCGAAAUGAACGGUGAAAGACAGCUUCGUAGCAAAGACGAUAAAAAGCAAAAGGAUGUUACCACAGAGAAACGUGUGCUUAGGAAUAAUAGUGAGAAGGAAAAGAAACGACCCACCAAAGAGUCCAUAGAGAACGACAAGACUGUCGCGACCAGAAACACGCGGAAACGGAAACACGAGGAGACCAGCAAGCCAGUUUUGAGAGAGAAAGGGCAAAACGGUCACCCGUCCUCAGCAGUGGCGACUAGAAAGAUAGCUCGAGCGAAAAAGACAAAACCAACCUUAGCCCCAUUGAAAUUAGACGUAGAACAGAAUGUCAGAAUGACACGCUCAAGGAGAAGGAGAUUAGAAAUCAGUUUGUCUCCAUCGCAAGUGAAAAGUGUUAUACCAGCGUUCUCCUUCGAAUCAGAUCGUCGUGUCAAUUCUAUAGAAAGCAAUCGCUCAGCCAAAUCUAAUAAUACCAAAGCGAAAGCGCGCAACGCCAAACCAAAAGCGAAUAAAGCUAGCAAAGCGAAGAAAACGCCUGUAAGAUCUACUCGUUCGCGAGCCAAUAGGAGGUGAAAACGUUCUACGAAAAAUAAAUAGACAAAGCGCCAUCUGUGUACCCAAAUAGACAAAUUAUCAUAGACUGUUCUUCUAGUUAGGAAUCCCUUUGUGGCGCCGAGCUGUGUUUAUAAAAUAAAUAACCUCAAAUUCCAAAUAGCGAGACGAUUAUAGUGAAUGCAUAAUGGACGCUUGCUCAUUACUCACGUAAUAGGUUAACGAAAAGAAAUGAUAAAUAAAAAUGAAACUAUUAUUUAUUCGAGGGAGAGUAAAUUAUAUUUCUGUGAGUAUACCGCGCCUCAGUAUGAGAACGAGCUACGUUAGAUUAAUUAUUAUUUUCUAUUUUUAUUUUUUAAUCCUUUUUAUUUAAUGUUACUAUUAUUUUUUAAGACACCUUUUCCCCAUAUUAUUAAUUACCAUUAGAGUUAAAUACUUCAAAUGUUGUUUAUUAUGUAUUUUGAUAAGAAUAAAAGGAUAGUUUUUAAUCGGGUGUGACUGUGCACCACCAUCCUCGGUUGGCUAUUAUUAUUCAUUAUGGGAAAUUCUGUAGGUGAUUGCUGUUAUCUAAAGUUAGCUUCUACCCACACAUUAUGCGUACCAAAUGUUUAAUUACGGAUGCCUUAAACAUGUAAACGAUUAUUGUACAAAAAUUAUAGUUUUCCGUCUGGAAACAUUGAGUCAUGCUUCGAGUCGGCAAACCGUGGUCCAUAUCUUACGGCAGAUCUCUUUCCAAUAUAAAUGAAUUUAGGUUGUUUGUGUGUGUAUAUUUGUUUGAAAUCUAGAUUAAUAGGUUAAAUUUGUAAAUGUUUUUUGAAUUAAUAAUAAAUGUAAUUGAUGCAUCGUUGCUCCGGGGCGAUUUAUUGAAACUUCCACAACGUAAAGCGAUGAUAAAGAAAAAAGUUAAAAAAAUAUUAUUAUAAUAAUUAAAUUUGAAAAUGUCUUAAAAAAGAUAACUUUUCUUUUUUUCAUAUAAAAUAUAUAUGGUGAAAGUGCCAAAGCAUGCUGAAAUUUUUUUUGGUAAAUUAGUUAUCAAAUGCAAUCUGAUUACUGUUUUUCUUUAAAUAUUUUUUUUCUUAGCACAUUCAUUUUGCUAUAAGCGCUUUUACCAAAAAUGCAAACGAUGUUUGUGUCUCCUUAUUAUUCCUGUGUAAAUAAAAAAUAGCAUUUAGUACAAAAUCGGUGGAAGAGUAAAUAUUUAUUAAUUUAAAUAAAUGAAAAGUCUAGAAAUGAAAAUCUCAUGUCUCUUUUUUUAAUGUGUUGAUUGACGACUGCGCGGGACAGUUAGGCAUAUAUAGACAUCUUAACAUAACAUUUACGUGUGUUUUUAACAUAAUAGCUUAGUAGGUUUUAAUGAUUUUGCAUUAAUAAUUCUGAAAUUAUUAAAAUGCUUAGGAAUAAUUAUAAAUUAUUGCGAAGAGGAGAAAUGCUAGAACAUUGCGAAUUACAAUUUAUGUAAAUCAUUUCAGUAUAUAAAUGUAAUUUUAUUUAUAUAUUUAUCGAGCAUCAACAUCUUUUGUUGUUUACUUUAUAUAGUUAAUUUGUAUAAAGUUCCUUUUCAAUACAUAGUUUGUUCAUUAUCCUUGUUACAGAAUAACACAAAUAUUUCUACAUAUACCUACAUGAAUAUAGUUACAUAAAUAAUAGAACAGUUCACUUUGUUGCAAUUUCUUCAGAAACCUAUAGACUGCAAUGAUGUUCCAUGUAGUUUUAGAAUUAAUAUGCAAUAGCCUAAACCAUGUGCUGAUUUUAUAAAAUAUAAUCAAUUGGCUUGUUUACACAUUUUACUACGACAAAAGCACCAAUUUAUAAAUUUAUCAUAUUGAUAUUAUCUUUAAGUUUUGAAUCGUUUUCUUUUCAAAUUAUUCGUUAUGAUUUCGUUUAUCGAGAAAUCGAUUCGAAUUUAUAAAUAUUAAAUCGUAUUUCUUAUGUGUCAAAAUUUUUGCAAAGAAUUGCUCACAAUACCCGCAGAAAUGUACGAAAAGUCGCUAAAAUAUCCAAGAUUUAUGCCUUUUGUGCAUUUAGUGGGGUAUCAGCUGAUCAUUUGUUAGGUCAUCGACCUUAGCAAUAAUUAAAUUGUUUUCCUUGUGAUUGUGACCUGUCAGUUUUUGCAUGAAGGUUGUGUUUCUCUUAGAUGUUGAACUAUUAUUUCAAUAGAUUAAUGUAAAAUUUAAACAUGAAAAUAUCACAAUCGUCGUUAAAUCGGUUGGUGUCUAUUGUGUCCAAGCGGUCCCUUCACAUGAACGGCGGAUUGUGAAUCCGGCGGAUUGUGUGCGGUAGCCUUCACGUGAAAACGUUUGUAAAAGUGCACUUAACAUGGAUUGUACCAAAAGAAUAUAUAAUUUUAUAAUAAAGUGUUAGAAGUUUAUGUGUCGGCGUCAAACAAAUUUUGUAAGACGUUACAGCGGCGCCGGCCGAAGAUAUUGGAUUGUAAUAAAUAUACCAUUUUAACAUUA